AUGGCGAUGAUGUCCCAGCUCGUGCUGGUUUUCCCCCUAUUGCUCUGGUCCCUCCGAGGGGUGGCCAGUUGCCUGCAAUGUGACAGUCGCUUCUUGGACUCCGUGGCCACCUUGUUGAAGGAAACCCUGCCGGCAGAUCUGUCUGGGCGGGAUACCUUAAUAGAACGGCACAUCAAGGCCUUGGCUGAUGUUCACGGUACUUUCCUCCAGAAGCACUACGAGCGAGUACUGGAUGUCCGAGGGGUGAUGUCUAUCAAAGCUGAUGUUAUUAGUCAGCUGGAGGAAAUCAAGAAACAGCCAUGGAAAGGAGUCUUCUUGUGGCAACUUUCCAUGUACCAUCUCAGGGUCUCCCUGCGAAAGUUGAUGAAGCAAACUCUUGAGCAAUUUGCUGACCUAGGUACUAAUCUUAAAGAGUCAGUGACCGAGGGCCCUGUUUUGGACUGCUGGAGCUGCCUGCGUAUCGCCGUUCAGUGCUUUGAUGGGGAGCUUUGCGGAGUGGAAGAUGAACGUGUUGCAGAACAUAAAGAAAUCAACCUCUACGUGUUCCUUGUGUGCGAGUCAGUAUUGAUUUCUUCAGCUGUCCUUGUGUAUUUGGUGUGCUUCAAACACAAAAAGAAGAUGUUGCGCAAAGCACUGGCCCGCUAGGAGGGCUGGAGGAAGAAAAGUCAUCCAGGAUAUGUUCCUCAAUCCGUUAGACCGAAUAAAACCAUCCUACUUGCUUCUGCUUCCUGACCAGAGUUGAAGGAGCCCGGGAUUUUCUGGGGCUGCGUCAUCCGAAUCACAUUUAGCAAGCAAGGGGCUUUUCCUGGCUGAAAUCGCCUUAACUUGCCACCCAGCUUCCAUCUCUAGAUUGGGCUCCUAUAUCUCUGAAAGUUGCAUGGCAGACAGAAAUAAGACAAGCAAGGCUUUCUUUAUCCCUGCAUUUCCAGGCAAAGGAAUGUGGUAC